AUGGAACAAUCUUCUCUGCUCCUGAAGAAACAACUUGCAGACAUGCGAAGAGUUCCGGUGGACGGGUUCUCUGCUGGUCUUGUCGAUGAUAACGACAUCUACAAGUGGGAGGUAUUAGUGAUCGGACCACCAGACACUCUUUACGAGGGAGGAUUCUUCAAAGCUAUUCUCGAUUUUCCAAGAGACUACCCACAGAAACCGCCGAAGAUGAAGUUCAUCUCUGAAAUCUGGCAUCCAAACAUUGACAAGGAAGGAAACGUUUGCAUCUCGAUUCUUCAUGAUCCAGGAGAUGAUAAGUGGGGAUACGAACGACCAGAAGAACGCUGGCUGCCUGUGCACACUGUUGAGACAAUCCUACUUUCCGUUAUCUCCAUGCUCACGGAUCCAAACUUUGAAUCUCCAGCGAACGUCGAUGCUGCGAAAAUGCAACGGGAAAACUAUGCCGAUUUCAAGAAAAAGGUUGCUCAAUGCGUGCGCAGAACUCAGGAGGAAUGA